AUGGGGAAGAAAAAGGAUCUCUCUGCUGCCGAAAAGAGUGAAAUAGUUCAAUGCCUUGGUACGAGGUAUGAAACCAUUAGGUAUUUCACGAAAACUUAAGCGUGAUUAUCGCACUAUUAAGAGUGAAUCAGAGCACAGAUGGGUUCGUGCAGAUAUAGGCACAUUGAGAAAGAUUUCUGCCAGAAAUCAAGAGAGCAGCUGCUAAAAUACCAUUACAUAGCAGCAAACAGAUAUUUGAAGCUGCUGGUGCCUCUGGAUGCAACCCUGGAUGGUCCAGAUGGAAAGAGUAGUGGAUGGUUGGUGGGAAAAGCGGCCACCCAUGUUCCAGGCUGUGAUGUCAGC